CCAACCCCAUUCCAAAAAAAAGAAAUAAAUAACAAACAGAGUCACAAAAAAAUGGCAUUACUAAAACGACCCUUAACCAAGGAAACGGCGACAAUUGUUGAAAAUAACAACAACAACAAUAAUAAAGUUGACACAGAAUAUGAAACAGCUGUUAAACGUAAAAAACGUUGCUCACGUGAUGAUGACGCCAACAACAAUAAUACAACAACUAAUGUCAGUAUUAAACAGGAAGAUAAAUUAUCCUUGCCACAGAAGAAACGUAACAUAAACUCUAAUACAGAAUUUGCCAAAUCGAACAGUAAUGAAGAUCAAGAUGAUGAGACCUUGAUUAGAGAAACACAGGCGGCAUUGAAAAGUUUAUCGGGUUCUUGGCCAGAGGCACGCAAUAAUCCAUAUCGUUUAACGGAACAAGAUGAAAAUCCACCACAAUUUCAAAAUCUUUUUGAGGAAAAACAAAAACAAAAGGAAAAUGAUCAGGCUCGUUUGAAUACGCAGGAAGAGAAGAAGAGUGCCUUUUCUCAGUCAUCAGCCUUUAAGCCUCCUUUGGAUAUAAAACGUAAUGGUGUUAUUGGUUAUAAUUCGCACUAUCCAACCUCAUAUGCUACAGCAGAAUCUACCAGCGGUUAUUUAAAUUAUCCUCCUCCACCUCUACCACCUCCACCUUCCUCUACUACACACAAUACUCUCUCACAUACCACCGCUUCCCUAUUGGCCUCACGUUCUCCCUAUGAGGAUAAAAGUACUUUAGAAUCUUUAAAAACGGAAAACGAUACUACUACUACUACUAGUCAUAAGGGCCUUGAAGAUGAUAAACACUAUACCACCCUACAGCCAGCUGGUGUGGGUAGUCGUGCUGCUUCCGUUAUGCAAGAUAUAAAUCGUGAUACGUCUGUAUCUUUAAGCGUAACAUCGGCGGAGUCACAAGUGUCCUCGACUGCUAAUAUAAUACCUCAGCCUACUUAUUCGCCGAGCAGUUUAAAUCGUGAUGGUAACAAAUGUCCCACUCCAAAUUGUAAUGGUCAGGGUCAUAUAACGGGAUUAUAUUCACAUCAUAUAUUGGCUUUACAUGAGCAAAUUAUAAAGUGUCCCACACCGGGUUGUAAUGGUCGUGGCCAUGUGCAGCCUCAUCGUAGUGUUCAUCGCAGUUUGUCUGGUUGCCCUAAAGCCGUUAAAGGGGCGACGCUUAAGAAACAAUUGAAAUAUCAAUAUAGUUCAGAGGAUGAGUGUAGUCAUUCUAAAGAUUUACAUCAUAUGGAUAAAUAUAAACUCUCCUCCAAUCAAUAUUUGAACAACAACAAUAGCAAUUGUAUUACCAAUAACAAUAGCCAUAACAUAAGCAGCAAUAACAAUAUGCCCAUUAUUAAAUCGGAAUUUAGUCCAGUAGCAAAUAUUAAAUCGGAAUACAAUAAAAGUCCAAUGCAUUCAUAUCUAGCAAACGAGACAAAUGCCGCUGGUCGUGCCAAUUCCUCUACGACAGGUUCAGCCAACAAUAACCAAAGUCUGUCGGCUGGCAACUCCACAGCCGGAACACUCCAACAACAACAACAGCAGCAACAACAACAGCAACAGUCUUCACACAACGACAUGAAUCGUUUUGUGGGCAUGCAAACUCACGGCAUUAAUGAUCAACAAAGUCCACACAAUGGUCAGCAACAAACUUUGCAUCAGCAACGAGGACCAUUCAUUGAGGGCUCUUCCGGUCUCAUGAUGUCUACGGGCAAUCCAACAUCCGCUGGUACUGAUGGCAAUGAAAGUUAUCACAAUGACCAUCAUGCACAGCAAAGUAAUGUUCAAGCAGACCAGCAACAACAACAAUACGAACACAUGCAACGUUAUGGCCAUCAUGUUACAAAUGGUGAGUCGUUGAGUAAACCACCGUCGGCUUAUGGAGCCAGUGAUAUGUUAUCGUCCAGCAAUGGCAAUUCGGGCAAUAUUUCUCCUCACACCCGUAGCUAUGAUCCCAAUCCUCCUACUUCAAUAUCCUCCAGUGUUUCCUCUUCAUACGUAGACUCCUCUACCGCUUCUAGUGGUUUGACUACAGCCUUUGAACGUUACGAUCCCAAUUGUAAUGGUCAAAGACCCUCGAACAUGUAUCCAUAUUUAUCGCAAUCGGCGGAUGAUUUACAAGCCCAACAACAGAAAUAUUUGCAAGAUCAACAGCUGCUAAUGGCCAAAGUAGAGCAUGAUGAAAUGGCCAAUGGUGGUCCCAUAUAUCCCAGGCCUAUGUAUCAUUAUGAUCCUAGCAUGGGACCUUUACCACCCGGUUUCUCGGCUAUUAAUUUGUCGGUGAAAAUGGCAGCAGCCCAAGCAGCGGCCGCCGCAGCAGCAUAUCAAAAUCAACAGCAACAAAGUCAGCAGCCCUCACAAGCCCCCGGCCAGCAGACGUCGCAGCAACAACAACAACAGCAGCAGCAACAACCCAAACAAAGUGGUUCACCCUCACCGACCGCUGCCCCCGUUGUUGAUCUCUCCGGCUCUACUUCGGUCACCUCCUCCAGUCCGCAAGGUUUCAACUCACCAGCUUCUCACAACCAGUACAAUCAACGGAUUGGUGCUGGUAGCCCACAGCCGGGUGCCAGUCCCAAUGUAGCCAGCCCCCAAGUGCCAAGUCCCCAGGGUCAAACUUUGGAUCUGACAGUGACCAGACUGCCACACAGUAUUAUCACCAGUCCCCAGUAUGGUGCUCAUCCCGAUGGUGUAGUGAUUGGUGCUCAUCCCCAAGGAUUUGGACCAGGAUUGCCGACAUCGGCAGCAAAUGGUACGGCUAGAUCUCCUCCAAUGGAACCUGUUGAUUUUAGUGGUCCUCCUCGUCCUUUAGGCUUUGGUCUCGUUGGUCAUUUAGGUGGUCCCCGGCCGUAUAGUCGUGAAUCAACCCCGGACAGUGGUGGCUCGCAUUACAUUGACAGCUAUAGAGAUCCCAGUGGCUAUUCCCCGCAUCCCGGCUAUGGUAUGGUUGUACAGUCUGAUUAUCCCCCAGCUGGUUAUCAUGGUUAUGGAGCAGCUGCCGCCUAUCAAUGUAGUAAUCCUUAUGCCACUGCUGUUGGUCCCGGUGGAUAUCCGACACCCGUUUCAGGUGGUUAUUCGACCAGUCCAGCUUCCUGUUACUCCAUGCCACCACCGCAGCAUAUACCACAACAUGACAAGACAAAGGAUAGUUUAACUGGUUGCCCACGCACCGAUCGUAAUCAUUUGCAACCUCAUUCACAAGAACUGAAAUGUCCCACCCCUGGUUGUGAUGGUUCGGGUCAUGUUACUGGUAAUUAUUCAUCACAUCGUAGCCUAUCGGGUUGUCCUCGUGCCAAUAAACCAAAAAGUAAACCCCGGGAUGGUCAGGAUUCCGAACCAUUGAGAUGCCCCAUACCAGGCUGUGAUGGUUCUGGACAUUCUACCGGUAAAUUUUUAUCACAUCGAAGUGCUUCUGGUUGCCCCAUUGCCAAUCGUAAUAAGAUGCGUGUUCUAGAAGCCGGCGGUACUGUGGAACAGCAUAAAGCCGCUGUAGCAGCAGCGACUGCUAUGAAAUUUGAUGGCUGUGGUUCUGCUUCCCAGGCUAUUAAAAAACCCAAAUUCGAUGAGGUUACCAUGGUGUAUCCCAAAGGCUAUACAGGCAUGGAAAUGAUGAUGAAUAGUGUGGGCUCUACUUCAUCCUUGAACAAUCCCUUGGUAGGUCCUUCUUCCUCGGCCAGCAUUACCACCAGCACCACGGGCGUUUUACCCGAUAGUUUGCAGUCAGCCUCAACAUCAUCUUCCUCCUCUUCCAAUGUUAAUGGCGACAUUAAUUCUGUAACACGUCAUGAUGCCGAAAAUGAUAUCAAUAGUUUGGAGGCUGAAAUAACCGAACUGCAGCGUGAAAAUGCCCGGGUAGAGUCUCAAAUGAUGCGUUUGAAAUCGGAUAUAAAUGCCAUGGAAACACAAUUGAACACCAGCGAUAGGGAGACUUCUCCGCUGAGUGCUCAUCAACAGCGUUCUCUCGCUUCGGUGACUAGCAGUGCUGGAGGAACAGCAGCUCUUGCUGCCGUCACCUCCAGCACAACAGCAGACUCAGCGCUUGCAGUCGCCACCAAUCACAACAACAACAGCAGCAGCGGCAACAACAACGCCAGCAACAACAGCAGUAAUAGCAGCUCCAACAACAUCAACAGCGGCAGUAACGCUAACCCCCACAGCACCAGUAACGGUCUCACGAACUCCUUCACCAGCAUUAACAGCCACUUAGGCGGUACCUCUGGGGGAGGUCCCGGUGUAAUAGGCAGCAGCUCUAAUUAUGAAUCUUCCAUAGCCACCUCUGCACCUUCAAAUAUCAAUAAUUAUUAUGAAAGUUUGCGCAAUAAUGUUAUAACUUUACUCGAACAUGUACGCAUACCACCAAGUGGUCAUAAUUCGGUAAGUUCGGUAGGUAAUAGCUUAUCUACAGCUUCAUCGGUAUCAGCUGCUGCCAAUCAACACACUGCCUAUGCCACACAUCCCUCACUAAUACCACCGGGUCCUUUAACUACCACCUCAAUAGCUGCUAGUUCUGCAGUACCCAUGUACGGUAGUUCUAUGCAUCCUUUAUCUUCGGUCCAUACCAGCGGUAUGCAUCCACCGCCACCACCUCCUCCACCACCGCCUCACAGUUCGUCAGCUCAUCAUCCCUAUACAGUACAUCAUCCGGCUAGUUAUCCUCAUCAUGAACCAUUCGAUUCUUAUAUUUCGAAAUUGCAAUCGUUGUGUGUACCGCCGGAUGUUUAUGCUUUACCCGAUGAUGGUUCACGUCCAGUAUACGAUACGGUUAAGUCAAGUUUACAUCAGGAUUAUACAGUGAUGCCAACGCCAAUAUAAAUAUUUAGAAACUAAAAUGUUCAUAUAGAUAUAGGGACAUUGUAUGGAUAUUUCUAUUGUUUUGUUAAAAUGAGAGCUUUCGGAGGGGAUUAUUCAAUGAUUUUACUAUAAUCGUUCAAAGAGUCCAGUAUGCAUAGAUUAUAGAUUUCGAUCUGUGAAUCAUAAUCACAGUUGAUCGAAUCAAAUUUGCUAUUGCAAUCGGAACUUACUACGAUCGAUCGUUUCGAAUUAUUAUUCGUCUAUAUUGUUAUAAUUUGUUAAAUAUUAAAUUUUUUAUUUCAGAUUUAAUUUUUUGAAUACCAAAGUUACUUUCUAAAUACUUCGAUGAUCUUGGAAUACAAAGAUUUUAGAGACUGAUCUAGUCAAAUUCUAAACGUUAUAUUUCUCUCUCGUGCUCAUUCUCUUUUUAGCAAAAUUCUGUGUGAUUUUUAAUGAUUUAAAAAAAACAAAAUAUGACUUAUGUAUUUAGUUAAAAUUAUCUGUAAAUAAUCAAAAUUGAAAAGGAACUUUAAGUCCUGGCAGUAUUUAUAAAAAAAAUUAAUAAAAUAUUAAAUGUAUAUAGCAGAAUAUUAGUAAAUUUUCAAAAACCAAAAACUUAUAAAGUGUUUAAGUAUUUCAUU